AUGUCCUCGCUGGUGAAGGAAGACUUGCAAAAGAAGCUGUUUCACCCCCUGGGGCAGAGCCUGCGGGAGUUCAUAGAGAUCGAGUGCUCAGCCCACGACACGUUUUACCUCUGUGCCGCAGUGACUAAAGGUGGAGAAGUAGAAAUAUCUAUGGUGAAACACUUUAGAAUAGAUCUGGAUGAGAAAUAUGAAAUGGCUGAAAAGUGGUUUUUGAAAGAUCUGGAGAUGAUUGAUGGAAAAGAAGCAGACACUGAUAAUCCAUAUUUUGACAUGCACUUUGAGAAGGUCUACAGUUGGGAAGCAUAUAGCUGUGCAUCUAAAUAUGCCUUUGCUCGAACGUUAAACAAAUUGAAUUACAUGUACCUUAAAAAGGACUUGAAGAUUGUGAACUUUGAUAUAACCUACAUAAAUGAUGAUUCACUCUGGUCAUCCAACAAUGGGGACUGUUUAGUACUUAUGAAGAUAUGCUUCUAUGCUUCCAACCUUUUGUGUCUGUCCCUGUGUCCUAUGCCAUAA